CGAGCGAGAGCUGACGACCGCUUCUCUUUUGCCCCAGCACCACACGAAGCGGUCGGCACAUAUAGAAAUCGGCCCUCGUCGAAUCUCCCGCGAUUCAAGAGCCAAAAGAGAUCGAGCCACAAGCAUUGCGAUGGACUUCGAUGAGAUACUGGCCAAGUGCGGCAACAGGCAUCGCUAUCAAUAUCUGUUGCUCGGCCUCUACAGUUUACUGAUGUUCGUCACAUCUAUGCACAACUUCUCGCAGAACGUUAUUGGCUUCGUGCCCGAUCACUGGUGCUAUCACAAGCAGUUGGAAAAUCGCAGCUUCGCACAAAUCGAGGCCAUCUAUAAUCAGUUUGAUAAUCCCUCAUGUACGCGUCUGGAGACAAUCGGCCCGGAUUAUGAUGGGCGGAAUGCGACUGUCAGCGGGGAGCAAUGUGAUCGUUGGAUCUAUAACUAUGAUUUCGGAUUUAGGAGCAUGAACACUGAGCUUAACUGGGUUUGCGAUGAGGCCUAUAAAGCACCCGUGGGGCAAUCUUUCUUCUUUAUAGGCUCCAUGUGUGGCACGCUCGUCUUUGGCGUUCUGGGUGAUAAAAUCGGACGAAUCAAAGCCGUUAUUUUAGCUAAUCUGUGUGGCUUCUUGGGCGACUUCUCGACUAUCUUUACGAGCAGUCUGAGUGCCUUCUCCACAGCACGAUUUGUGUCAGGUCUCGCAGUUGAUGCCAACACCUAUCUUAUGUACAUCCUCGCUCUCGAAUAUCUUCCUCCAUCUCUGCGAAAUUCUAGUCUGAGCAUAAGUAUGGGCGUCUUUUACUGUCUGGGCAUGAUUAGUUCCUGUGGAUUGGCCGUCUUGGUGGGCCAUUGGCGUAUCUUCCUCGCCUGCUCUUCGCUGCCGCUGUUGCUGGUCAUUCUGUUCUACUUUCUGGUGCAGGAGAGCGCCCAGUGGCUGGUCACUCGCAAUGAUAUUGAUGGCGCCGUAAGGCGCUUGAAACGCGUGGCCAAAAUGAAUCGUCGCAAGGUCAGCGAAAUUGACUUUCGCGAGUUCCGCAACUACUGCCAGAUCAACUGCACCAAGAAAACGCCAGAGUCGAAUGAGAAGGGGGACCAAUUUAUUGACAUGUUCAAGACGCCGCACUUGCGCAAGACCAUCAUCCUUAUGCUAAUCGUGUUCACAAUCGUAACGGUCUGCUACAACACCUUGGCACGCAAUGUGGAGGGUCUGGGCAUAUCACCGCUAAUCAUGUUCUCACUGACCGCACUGACCCUGCCGCCUUCUGGUUUCAUUCAAGCCGAUAUCCAGAAGCGCAUCGGCCGCAAAGGCUCCUCGGUACUGUCAUUGCUGCUCACUGGUCUGUUUACAGCAGCCAGUGGAAUAGCUCUGUCCGUUUCGCAGAAUCCCAGUGCUCUGCUCUUGAUAUCAUUGACGAUGGCUUCCCGAUUGGGCUUGUCAAUCUGCUUGGGGUCGACCCUGCUGUUCUCCACGGAAUUGGUGCCCACCUGUGUGCGUUCCCGUGGCCUGAGUGUGGCGCACAUGGCCGGCGCGGCUGCCUCCCUGCUCUCGCCUUACAUUCUGCACUUGGGCACGUUCUACAGAGCCGGACCUUCAAUUAUACUGUGUCUGCUGUUCCUGAUCGGCUGCUAUUUCUGUCUGCUGUUGCCAGAGACGGAGAAUCGAAAGCUGCCCAUCACAUUGGCUGAGGGCGAAGAGUUUGGCCGGGGAGAGCGCAUGUUUGACUUCUUAAGACAUCCAAAGCCUGAUAAAACAGAAGCUGAGACACCUCUAAAAGAAACUUCUUAAUAUGUUAAUUUCCACAUGGAAUUAGAUGCCUUCAAGUCUCAUAAAUUAAUCAAUUAAGCUGCGUUAGCUCAGCGAAAAUUGUGAAAAACUUAACAAAGGGGGCAGAGCUAAAUGAGUACCGUACUUAAGAGCCUCGUACUGUAACAUACCCUGUAGGCAACUGCAUACUUAAGAGCAUCGUACUGUAACAUACCCUGUAGGCAACUGCAUACUUAAGAGCAUCAGACUUUAAUAUACUCUGUACGCAAGUGAAUACCAUCGUCUAAAGGCCCGUUUCUCAUCAGAUUGGAAUAAAGGGAAGAGUCGCGAAAGUAUUUUCACAGAUAAUUGAUUAGAAAACUCUUCUAUUCAGCUGUUAACUAAUAAAAAGUAUCUUUUAGUCAUUGCCAUAAUCUAUUUGCAUAAUGUAUACUAAAUU